UUGCGCCGGGUGGGUAACGGCUUUUUUCCCGGCACACUCUAUAAAAGAGCACGAAAGCCCUGCGAGACAGUUUAGACUGCUUUCAUCGACGUGCUGAAGCGAGCGUUCUGAGAUUGACCGUUUGAUUGGGUGACACCACCUCUGUCUGGAGGAGAAAGGUGGUUCCGUUCUGGUGUGAAGCCUGGUGAAAGUUCUGGGCAAAGAUAGUUUUAUCGGACCGGUGGUGAUCUAUCUAUUUAUGAGCAAUAGCUGGGCGGUGGCUUGCAGUAGUGAUGAAUGAAAUAGUGCAUAAUUUAAAUUGAUAAACGCCAGUGCGGUCAUUGCUCAGUUUGUGAGUUGGUGUGUGAAGACGAAGGGGAAUUUGCGCGCUAAUCCCCAGGAAUCGGAAUCUAUGAUCUAUUUGGCAUACGAUUGAACCUGGGUGGUGGAUUAAUCAUGCAACGUGUAAUUCUUCAAACAACUCUAUGGAUUAUGGUGCUAUUGGAUAGUAACUCGGUGUUUGGAAAAGCAAUCAAUGGCAAGUCGAAUUCAAAUUCGGUGAGCAGUAAACCAGUGGAGACACCCAAGUUUUUGGAAGUGCAAUACGAUGAUUACCCGAUGGUGGUUCCGAAGCGGGCGGCGAUGCUCCUGGAUCGGCUGAUGGUGGCGCUGCAUCACGCUUUGGAGCGGGGCGAAGGCGAAGACGGCACUGGUCGGCCCAUCAAUAAGGUGUAUCGAGAUGCUAAGUAUGGUGGGCGUCCGGUCACAAACGGAAUGGUCAAGCAGCAGAACCACCACCCGCAACUGCAGCAGCAGCAGCCGCCCAGCAAGACGGAGCAACUGAUGAAGUCGUAUUACGCCGAGGCCGAGGCCGAGGACUCGGAGGAAGCCAACGUGAUACCCGAUGAGCUUGACGAGUUCGAGGGCCGUAAGGAGCUCCUGGACGAAAUGGUAAAAAACUUAACAGAAAAUCGAAAUUUCUAUUGAUGGACAUCCAAACGAGGGGCACCGAGGACAAAACGAAAAAGGGCCGAUACUGGAAAUGUUACUUUAAUGCUGUGAGCUGUUUUUGAACGGGAGGGCAAAGCGAUGAUGCAGGGCCGAGACAAAGUGCAGAUGCGUUAGAUCAAAACUAGUUUUAGAUAGUAAGAUGUACUAAAACCAAACAGAAAUUAUGAAAACAAUCAAUAGCAGCAGCUUCAAUCUACCGAGGGCAUCACCGGAAGAAACAGAUCAGAAUCCGCCACUCAAAGAACAGUGUGGAAAGAACUGAAACCGUAGACUUUAAGUUUGCAACAGUUGUAUAAUAAAAUUAUACACUAUCAUCAUCCCAUUAUAUAGUCUGUAUUUAUUGCACUGUUUCAAGUGAAUAUGUGACAUAAAGUAUUGUUUUUCUCGUUCAACUAA